GCGGUUUAUUGAGAUAUGACCAUCAAUUAUUGCUGUGAAAUAUUGAAUAUUUGCAUGAAAAUCAUAUAAAGGAUCAUUUAAUAGUCUUUGGUCUAUUUUGCAGAAAUGUGCGCAAAGGCACUAUAAAUCUUCAAGAUCCAGACUAAGUGGCUAAGAGAACAAAGAAGAGGAGGAAGAAUGGACCCGCCGUGAAGAAAAGAUGUAACGAGAGGGGCCAAGCUAAAGUUGGAGGGAUCUUCUUGUGAAGAAAGAAGAGAAGUAAGUGGGCUAAAUCACAAAGUGUAGAUGAGAGGAGGGGAACAAAAUCCCUAGGCGCUGGAGGGAUCCAAUGGAGCCUGGCACACAUCUCUCUCCCUCACCCCUCCUUCUCCACCUCCGGGCGCCGCCGCGGCCAGGCCGGCGUGGCGGCGUGCCAUCAGCACCACCGCGUCACCAGCACCACCCAUACAUCACCAUCCAUUUGCGCCUCCCUGCUGAAACCCUCCUCUGCUCGAAACUGCUGCUGCUCCGCUGCGUCUCUUCUUCUCUUCCCUUACCUCUGCUGCUGCUCUUGCUUCUUCUUCUUCCCCACGAACCUCCUGCUUCUUCCUCAACAUGACCUGCUGCUGCUUCUUCUUGCGCCCCUUGUUGCUCCUUCUCCUCUGAAUCCCCUGCUGAACUACUGCCACCUCAUCUCUGCUUCUUUCUUCUCCGUGCAUCUCGCUGCUCCUCUCCUUUUACUGAACCUGCUGCUGCUCUUCACCUUCCCUUGCCCCAACCUGCUGCUACUUCAUCUCUCAACCUCCUGCUGGUGCUUCUCCUCACGUCCCUGCUGCUGCUCCAUUCCCAAUCUUGCUGUUGUUCUCUCUCUCUCUCUCUCUCUCUCUCUCUCUCUCUCUCUCUCUCUCUCAAAUUUCUGUGACCUUCAGAAGUGUAAUAAUCAGUACUAUGUAAUGUUCAGAUUUGAUAAGUGUAAUAUCCUACUGUUUGGUUCAGUUUCGAAGUUUAAUAUAAAUGCUUGAUUAGUAUGUCCUUUGUCCUGACUAGUUGAUACCUUGUCACUUUGAUAAAUAUUUGACCUGUCAUACUUUGUUUAGUGAAACAGUAUUCUUCAUAUGUGUGUGGUGUCCUGUGAUAUAUAUACAUAUGUGUGUGUUUGUAAUGUGAGUUAUAUCAAGUCUGUCCUAUAUCCAUGAUUCUUCUCUCUGUACAUGUUAGAUAAACCUAUGUGUUCUAGUCUUGUUGAUUCUCUUGUGUGAUGAUGUUCGCCUGUGUUAGUGUUCUAAGUUCUCAAGCAUAUAGAGAAUACCAAAAAUAUUGUUGAAGAUAAUCUGAACCUUUCUGUACUUUUUUUUGCAUUUUCUUUGUCGAUGAUCUUUGGGAACGACCUUGUUAGUUUAGGUUUUAUUUUCUGCAUUCAUCUCUUAAAAUUGUGUUACCUAGAUUUAGCCGAGCAUAGUCGUCGUCGCCUAGUCCCUGUGGAGAACACGACAUCCGUAGUUUGGGGCGUAAAAACCCUACUAUACUUACUUUCGAUCAUUUUGGCGCCGUUGCCGGGGACUAGGGUCGAGUGACCGUGUUAGGCUAUAGACUAGGUUUAUUUUAGUUCCGUGUUUAAUUCGUCGUGUAUUUCAUUUUCUGCGUUUCUUUUAUAUUUUUUCCUUGUUGUUGCUUCGGCUUAUUAGGAUACUAACAUUCUGACUAGUAUUUACUGUUUAUGAGUGUGCGUAGGAAAUCUGAACUAUUUACAGGUUGAUUGAUAGUUACACUUGGCGGAGAUAUGGCGAUGCUUCGUGAUGUUUGGAUGCCAAGCAGCCAAUGCUAUUUCACAGGGCCACUUUGGCCGUCUUUUGAGGCAGAAAAUUUUGAGCUAAAGCCUGGUCUUAUUGCUUUGGUUCAACAACAUCAGUUUGGAGGGUUGCCUAAUGAAGAUCCUUACGAGCACUUGCUCCGAGUCAUGUAGUAUUCAGAUACAGUAAAGUACCAUGGAGUUCCUCAAGAAGCUAUCAAGUGCAUGCCGUUCACAUUCUCUCUCUGAGAUGGUGCUCGUGCUUGGUAUCGAUCCUUGCCAUCAAGAUCAUUCGGUUGGAAUGAGAUAUUAUGAGCUUUCUUGGAUAAAUAUUUCCCACUACACAAGCAGUUCGCAAUUCGAGAUGAGAUCUUCAAUUUCGUUCAGCGUGAAGGCGAGAGCUUGAAUGAUGCUUGGGAGAGAUACAGAGAUUUAUUCAGGAGAUGUCCUAAUCAUGGGCUCCAGAGAUGGUUAGAGUUGCAGAUAUUCUAUAGAGGAUUGACUUCGGACACUCGAGCUUAUGUCGAUAUGGCAGCGGGUGGAGCUAUUACAAACAAGACACUUGAUGAAGCUUUUCUGCUGAUUGAGAGCAUAGCUUUCCACCAACUUCAGUGGUACAAUAAGAAGCCCACGUCUGAUUCAUUGGUUUGCUUGCAACAAAUCACUACACCUCAGCCACCAAUUCUUACACAGAAGCCUGAACCUCUAUCUCAGUGUGACAAGAUUGAGCUUGCAUGGAUUAUCUUUGACGAUGAUGACACCAUUCUAGUCGACACACAUGCUACAGAUCAUAUGGAUACUAGUGUUGGAGACUCGGUUUUGCAUUGUGAUGAUUCUUCCAUUGAUGAGCCAGAGCUGCAGUUAGUUGUUUUUGAUAUUGAGGAGUCACCUUUAGUUGAUAUUGAUCAUGUGCUGCUAGAGCCAGAUAUGGAGAAGUUCACCUUCGAUGAUGUUAGCCGUAUUGCUUCCUCAACACUUGAGCCUGAGAUGGAGAGCUUCAUGGUUGAGUAUGGUGAGGUGGAUUCAGAUGUCAAGGAGCCAAGCUCUACUAUUUCACUUGUUGACAUGAGUCCGGUGGAAAUUUCUACUACCACACCUCACUUGGUAUCUUCAAUUGAGGUAGUCCUGAAGCUUCUUCCCAAGUAUCUCAGGUUUAUGCUUGUGCACCAUUGGUUGCGGGCUGACCAAGUUCGAGAUGACAUCCCAUGGGAUCCUGGUGGAUUCACGCCACGAAGAAGAGUGAAGUUGGAGCAUCCAUGAGGAAGCAAAGGAGAAGAGGAGUAGCUUAGAGAUGAUCGAGCGAGUGCUACACCAUCAAAGCCCGGUGAGCUGUUUCAUGACCCCAAUCUGAAUAUAUCAUCCGUUGAUAAUGCUGAAAUCAUUCGAUAUUUGAGUUGCUUGAGCCAUUUCUUAAAUGAUGUCCCACUGAAUUUUAUUUGACAUAUUGUGCUUGAUGUGAACAUGAGAACUGAUUGUUGAAUGCCUUGUAAACUAGUGACCUACAUAUUGCUUGCUUUGCUGAAAUUAGUGGAAGUUAUUAGUUUUGAGUGCUCAAAGCCCUAGUACACUAGAAAACUUCCAUCAUUUUCUGCAUUUACAUUGAUACACCUAGAUCACCAUGUUUAGAUGCUGAUUUUGUGCCAAAUGUGUUCCCAUUUAGAGCAAUCACUUACCACUAUGGAUUAGCAUGCUAUGUUCUCUGGAUUGGUAGCAUGUGAACUAGACAUGGAUGAGUGAUGAUUCUUGUUUUUGUUCAUUUGAAAAAUAAAAAUAAAAGUAUAUCUUAUAAUGAAUAAAUAAUUCUGACUACCUACAGUAGCAUGUCAUGUUCCCUGGAUCGGUGGCAUGUGAAAUCGGGUUAGCUCGGGCAGUAAUUACUAAUAAAAUUGUAAUUGUCGAACCAGGUGUAUACCAUGUUCUCUGGAUCGGUGGUAUGUUCCUUUGGGGAGACAAACAAAAAAACUAACUAAUAAUUGGUCGAGCCAGGUGUAUAUCAUGUUCUCGGGAUCGGUGGUAUUUUCCUUUGGUGAGAUCGAAAAAACAUUAUCAUUACUUUCUUCAAAUACAAUAAGUGCUUUCAACUGCAAUUUUUUGUUCCUGGUAAUAAGUGAUCUGAUCACAAGUUUAACUUCUUUUUGUUUUUGGGAUCAUGCUCUCUUUAGGAACCUUUUGGCACAAUCAACAUUUGAACUUGCUAAUCUUCUUUUAUCAUUGUAAAAGUUUAAAAUGGUCAAGUCUACUAAUAUCCUACUGCUUUGUAGCACUCUAACCAUUAAUUUCCAUUAACUAAGUUUGAAGCAUGCAUUGUUUAGAGAUCUACUUCACUUGGCAUUCUCUAGUCAGCUCACUAUUCACUAUCCUGCUCUUGUCACUAUUCGCCUGUGUUAGUGUUCUAAUUUCUCAAGCAUAUAGAAAAUACCAAAAAGAUUGUUGAAGAUAAUCUGAACCUUUCUGUACUUUUUUUUGCAUUUUCUUUGUCGACGAUCUUUGGGAACGACCUUGUUAGUUUAGGUUUUAUUUUCUGCAUUCAUCUCUUAAAAUUGUGUUACCUAGAUUUAGCCGAGCAUAGUCGUCGUCGCCUAGUCCCUGUGGAGAACACGACAUUCGUAGUUUGGGGCAUAAAAUCCCUACUAUACUUACUUUC